UUCAAAAACAGACGGCCGUUCUGAGUGGAACCCAGGAGUCCUGCUGGUUGGACGCCUCGCUGCUUGGCUCGCUCUGCUUGGAGAUCCCAGGAGUCCGGCUUUGCUGGCCGGCUGCCUCGUCCAGCCAAUGGCAGGUCCCCGGCCCGCACGGCUGCCCAGCCCAACCUCCUCCAUCCCCGCCGGCUCCCCAAGUCGGCUCCCCAAGCGGGCGGAACCCGACUGCAAGGGGGAAGAAGAGCCGGAUCAGGCCCUGGCGGCUCUUCUGAGGGACAGAAGCUGAUCCCCGGAGAUAGAAGACUUCUUGUAGACGACAGCAGUCAUGCCCCCCAACAAGGAUGCCCCUGGCUGCCUUGGCUCACCUCCCGGUUUGAUCUGCCUACCACCCAUCUCUGAGGACCUCCAGUUGGUGUGGACACAGGCAGCACAGACAAGUGACCUUGAUGGCAACCAGCAUCUGCUACAAACUUUCAGCUAUUUUCCAUACCCCAGCCUCUCUGAUCUGGCCUUGCUCUGCCUGCGUCAUGGCCUCCACAUGGAAAAGGUCAAGGCCUGGUUCAUGGCACAGCGCCUACGCUGUGGCAUCAGUUGGAGUGCAGAGGAAAUUGAAGAGACUCGAGCUCGCCUCAUCUACCAUCAGGACCAGCUUCACUUUAGCUGCCUGCUUGCCAGGAAUGAUGAUGACCCCUGGCACCAAACUUGUAAGAGUCAGGAAUAUCACCAAUCGGUUCCUACCUCUGUGCACCAUUCCACUAAAUAUCCGCCGAACCAGCAGUCUUCCAUAACUCCCUUAAGCCACUUCACCACAGCCCAAGGAAUGAGGGAACUUGGGAGAAUAACUCAGGACAUUUGGGAAUUGAAAGGGAAUGUCUUGUCCCACCAUAACAAAGUUCAGGAGAACUGUGAACCUUCAGGAACCUCCGUGCAGCUUCACAAUACCAAAGAAAUCCUUUCUAGUUCUUAUCUACCUACCACAACCACCAGCUUGGAUCGCAACUUCCAUAACUCUCACCCUAUGACCUGGGGUCUCACCAAAGCAUCCCUGCAGCCGGCUGAACCUGUCACCCCUGCAGUGAAUGGUGGCCAUCACCCAGUGAUUCUUCCAGCGGUCUCUUCCGCCAAAGCUACCCCAUCAUCCUCUACAGCUACAGCCAAUGUUGAGUCACACAGCCUUCAGAACUAUCAGUGCCCUGUGAGGGACCAGCAGCAGGCUUCAGGCUACCUCUCGGACAUUCUUCGCAAGCCUAGGCGAAAAACAAAGGAGCAACUGGAUAUGUUAAAGUCCUUCUUCCUUCGUCGUCAGUGGGCCAGGAGAGAGGAUUAUCACCAGCUGGAGAAGAUCACUGGGUUACCACGAGCAGAGAUCAUCCAGUGGUUUGGAGACACUCGCUAUGCCCUCAAACAUGGCCAGCUGAAAUGGUUUCGGGACAAUGCAGGACAGAAUCCAGAGCCUGUCUCCUCAUUACCUUCUCACCCACUGCAUGCUCACCAUCCAGACAUAAGCCCACUGAAACGGUAUCGUGCAAGCGACCUGCAGCUGCAGGAAAACGACUUGUCGGCACUGUGCCAUGAGUCUGGCAUAGAGGCUGAGCAGGUGCUGAAGUAUUUCAAUUCACACUCACCAGCACCAUGUGAGGUAGAGGUGUGCUUGGGGGAUGAGGACGAAGUAGAUGAGGAGGUGGCAGCCGCUAUGAUAAAAGUAGAAGAUGAAGACUAUGAGGAAGAUGAUGACAAUGAGGACGAGGAGGAGGAGGACGAUGAAGACUGGGUUGCCUAGGGCUCUUGUGUGAAUGUUGGAUGGAUGCUAGCGAUUCUGGACUUCUGAGAUAGAUCUGGGGGAGGGAUCAAGAUGCAACUGGCAAAUGUGUUAUGAGGUUUUCUUCCAUCAAAUUCCUGCCCUUAGCCAUGGUUCCAAAACACUGAAUUUGGUCCCCUUUUCUGUUCCAGCAUAUUUAUGUGUGUGUUUUUUCAAGUUUUAGAAUUGAAGUAAAACAAAUUUGUACCAUGCA